AUGAAAGGGCUCCUUAUAGGCACUAAAAAGACUGGAAUAGACACGACCAAAAUAGACACGACCGGAUACGUUGUGUUCAUGGUCGAAAUUGAAGCGGAGAGGGAUUUACUCGUACCUUAUGGCACCAUUCUUGUCCUGUGUCUUAGUAGUCAGUCAAUCGUUGUUGACAGAAAAAAUAAAGAUGACGCAAGUAUUGCUUGUAUUGCCAAGGUUAGGAUGGCUUCGCGAGAUCUGAAGUUCGAUUCCACAGUGCUGCGGUCUAAAUUCAAAUUGGUCCUCAAGAUGACGUCAAGGGUUACAUUAACCUGUGUAACUGACAUUCAAGCUGAUCUAAAAAAAUUAGCUGAACAAUAG